CAAGCUUUUGCAGUGAAAGGGGAAGCGGCGGAGGGAGAGGCAGCGGUGGGAACGCUUUGAUAGUCGAAUCAGUGCAGAGAGAGCGCACCAUCAACCUCCGGGACAUAGGCAUGGAACUAGCGGCGAGUUGCACAGCAUCAGACUGCUCCUGAUACCCUGCCAGUCCCAGGAUUUGUUUUGAAAUUGAAAUGCAAGAGAAGAAUUACACUUAUCUUGGGUGACAUGAUGUGCAUCUUCCAGAUCUGAAACUUCCAGAGAAAGAUUCUACUGCAGGAUGGCUAUUUGGCUUUACAGCUCAACUAUGGAUUGACAGCUGAAUAAGAAUCAGAGUUACAAGAUAAGAAGCACUCUCUCGAUGACUUUUGGAGUUACUACAGUUAUUCAUUGGCACCAAGGACUUUUGGAAUUUAUAUUGCUGAGAAUCCAAUAAUGGCAUCGUGUACGAUGUUUCUUCAUACAAGAUGGAGUUGUCCUGUAUCCUUUUUAUAUCGCAUAGUCACCAUUUUCUUCAAUGUAGACUGUAGUGCUGCUCUCUGGAUAUUCAGCUUUGCUGUCAGGGUCAUAGUGCUGGAGGGUCAGAUCAAUUACCCAACUGUGAAUACACAUUAUGGAAAACUACGGGGAAUCCGAAUUCCCUUGCCAAGUGACAUACUUGGGCCAGUGGAUCAGUACCUGGGAGUUCCAUAUGCAAGUGCUCCUACUGGAGAGAAAAGGUUCCAACCACCAGAACCUCCACCCUCUUGGUCUAGAAUACGUAACGUAACUCAUUUUGCUCCUGUCUGUCCGCAAAACAUUCAUGGUAUAGUACCAGAAAUCAUGUUACCAAUCUGGUUCACGGCCAAUUUGGAUAUAGUUGCAACCUACAUCCAGGAUCAAAAUGAAGACUGUUUGUAUCUAAACAUCUAUGUUCCUACAGAGGAUGUAAAAAGAAUAUCGAAGGAAUGCACAAGAAAACCCAACAAGAAAAUAUGUAGAAAAGGAGGGGCCAAUGCAAAGAAACAGGGCGAUGAUCUAGCCGAUAAUGAUGGCGAUGAAGAUGAAGAUAUCCGUGAUAGUGGGCCUAAGCCAGUCAUGGUGUACAUUCAUGGAGGCUCUUACAUGGAGGGGACGGGAAAUAUGAUUGAUGGCAGCAUAUUGGCAAGCUAUGGCAAUGUUAUUGUAAUCACACUCAACUACCGUGUUGGUGUUCUGGGUUUCUUAAGCACUGGGGAUCAAGCUGCAAAAGGCAAUUAUGGCCUAUUGGAUCAGAUCCAGGCCUUACGCUGGAUUAGUGAGAACAUUGCAUUCUUUGGAGGGGAUCCCCUACGGAUUACAGUUUUUGGAUCUGGAAUUGGGGGCUCAUGCGUCAGUCUUCUCACACUGUCCCAUCAUUCAGAAGGGCUUUUCCAAAGAGCGAUCAUUCAGAGUGGGUCAGCCUUAUCCAGUUGGGCAGUGAACUACCAACCAGCAAAGUACACAAGAUUACUAGCAGAGAAGGUGGGUUGCAACAUGCUGGACACCCUUGACAUGGUGGACUGUCUACGGCAGAAAUCUUUCAAGGAGCUAGUAGAACAGGACAUCAAGCCAGCCCAAUAUCAUGUUGCAUUUGGUCCAGUCAUCGACGGAGAUGUUAUUCCCGAUGAUCCUGAAAUUCUGAUGGAGCAGGGAGAGUUUCUAAAUUAUGACAUCAUGUUGGGAGUCAAUCAGGGAGAAGGAUUCAAAUUUGUGGAAUGGAUAGUGGAUCAUGACGACGGGAUAUCUGGAAGUGACUUUGAUUUCACUGUUUCUAAGUUUGUGGAUAACCUUUAUGGUUACCCUGAGGGUAAGGAUACACUUCGGGAAACAAUCAAAUUCAUGUACACUGACUGGGCAGACCGUGACAAUCCUGAGACACGGCGGAAAACCUUGGUUGCUCUCUUUACUGAUCAUCAAUGGGUGGAGCCUGCAGUAGUGACAGCUGAUCUGCAUGCACGUUACGGUUCACCUACAUAUUUCUACGCCUUCUACCAUCACUGUCAAAGUGACAUGAAACCAGCCUGGUCUGAUGCAUCCCACGGUGAUGAAGUACCCUAUGUCUUUGGAAUCCCCAUGGUUGGACCAACUGAUCUAUUCCCAUGCAACUUUUCCAAAAAUGAUGUGAUGCUUAGUGCAGUUGUCAUGACAUACUGGACAAAUUUUGCCAAAACAGGUGACCCAAACAAGCCAGUGCCUCAGGACACCAAAUUCAUUCAUACAAAGGCAAACCGGUUUGAAGAAGUGGCCUGGUCUAAGUACAACCCACGGGAUCAGCUUUAUCUUCACAUUGGUCUGAAACCUCGAGUCCGGGAGCACUACCGUGCCACCAAAGUAGCCUUCUGGAAGCACCUGGUCCCACAUCUAUACAACCUGCAUGAUAUGUUCCAAUACACCUCCACCACAACCAAGGUGCCUCAGCCUAAUACCACUCCAAUCUCCUACGCGACUAGACGACCCAAUGGCAAGGUUUGGCCAUUCACAACCAAACGACCAGGCUCAGGCAUGUCUCCAGCUUUCAACUCCAAUGAGCAGCAGAAAGAGAACUGGAACUCAGAGCAGGAUGGCGGUUCCCUCCUGAUCGAGAAUCCCCGAGACUACUCGACUGAGCUAAGUGUAACUAUCGCUGUAGGGGCCUCCCUGCUUUUUCUCAAUGUUCUCGCCUUUGCGGCUCUGUACUACCGGAAGGACAAACGCCGUAAUGACCCCCAUACACAGCCAAGCCCACAACGUAACACUAGCAAUGACAUGACGCACACACAGGAGGAAGAGAUCAUGUCGCUACAGGUGAACCAAACCCACCAUGAAUGCGAAAACAUCCAGGCUCAUGAGCCCAUGCGGCUUCCUUCACUGCCAGACUAUACUCUAACUCUCCGUCGAUCUCCCGAUGACAUACCCCUCAUGACCCCCAAUACUAUCACCAUGAUUCCCAACUCCUUGAUGGGGAUGCAGACCUUGCAUCCUUACAACACCUUCGCUGCUGGUUUUAACAGCACAGGGCUGCCUCAUUCACACUCCACUACCCGGGUAUAGUCCUGGGCAGAAAUCCUCCAGUAAUAGGAGUGAAUGAACUCUGGGCAGAGACUCCCUCAUACAGCCCACUCCACACUGCUGGAUUUUAACAAGAGUCUAAUUAACAUGUGCACUGUACCAUCCUUACAAGAAGGCUCGCUCCCUGGGAACUUCAAAAGAAACAUAUUCACAUUGGGCCUUCUUGUUCAAAGAGAUAACCUGAAGUUUUAUAAAAUAAUCAAAAUGAAAAAACGUUUAAAAAAAAAUGAAAGUGCUUUUGUUACCAUUGUGGGGAGAUAGCAACAGUCAACUGCCCACCUUUAUCUCAUUGUUCACAUGCCUUAGCCCCGCACCUGCUGUGCUCCAUGCAGUUUUUAAUCACUUUUAGAACAGUUUAGAGUAAGCAUAUUAGGACUGAGGAGAUAGUAGGAAAUGCACGCACACAAGAACUGAAACACUAUGGCCAGUCGAGCCAAGAAUGUCCUCUACAGUUCACGGAUCAGCUGCCAUAAUUUCCUGGGAGCAUCGUGGAAAGACCAGAAAGUAAUGAGAACUGGGAUUUGAGCCGAAGCUAUGGCAAUCGAUUGAUAGAGCCCCUAGAAGAUUCCCAGUGCAUUGUUUCUCGGAAAGGUUGUUGAGAAAAAAGAGCUCCUCCCUGGCCUCCAGGCUCUGUUAUCAUUUGGAAGCAUCUGUGCUCACCCAUUGCUACCUACCUUUUCCUUCCUCAUUCAGUUAACUGGGGAAGCACUUUGAAUUUUUGUGACUUGACAAAAACCUAACAAACAUUUUACACAUUUUUUUUGUUCUGGAGCUGGUGGCAACUCUUCAAAAACAGCGAAUAAUGCAGCUUUAGAUAGUGUGCACCCCUUAAUUUUUUUAUACAAGGUGAAUUGUGACACGUGCCAAAUUAGAACCAGCAUUUUUGGUGGGGUGGGGGGAGUGGAGGGUUGUUUUUAAUUGUAUCUGUCUGUUUUGUAUUUUGGUAUCAGCAAUCUGUUGCUGUCUGUUACUUUGUGCCAUGCUUGUCUGUGACUGAGAAGGUGUGGAGAGAGACAGUGCCACAAUAUGCUCCCAUGUUUUGAGGCUUUUAAUUUCAAAGUCAGGUUCCAUUCCAUGUACUUAGUCCAGGCUCACAAAACUGUGCUGUCAAAGGAAUAUUUUCUUCAAAGCUACAUCAGACAGCUCCCACAGAAGCCAGGCUCCAGGCAAGUGUAAAAAAAAUCACUUCAAUGCUCGGGAGUUUCAAUUCAAAUUUUUAAAUCGGCUCUUCCCUCCAGAGUUCAUUCUUGUCAUACAUAUUUUGAGUAAUAUUCUCUGUCCAUGAUUUAUUUACAAGUUCAUGUAAAGAGUAUGUGUUUAAUGAGAUUGGUUUGAAAACUUUAAGUUAAUUCUCUAUGUGCCCAGUAGGUAAAAAGGCGGGUUCAAAAUGUGUCAAUUUCUAGGGCAAUGUUCCUUGAGCCAUGGCACCUGACAAAUGUCUGAUCCCACAUUCGGUUAAGCAAUUCUUGAGAGUUCUGUUAACCAUUUAAAACCGAUGUUAGGCCCCUUACAUAUGUAAACACCUGUUUUAGGACUCCUCUGGAAAAUUGGCUGUCCUGAGUAAAGCAUGCACCAGAAAAACCUUGCUCAAGACAUUCAGCAGCCUCUAUGAUUGAGUAACAGUCACCAACAAAGAAAAUAUAUGUUUUUCCAUACUUUGAUGUGGAGCAAGGAGAAGCAGGAACAAUCAUUCUCAAGGAUUACUGCCAGUCAUGGUCACCCUCUGCCAUUGCCCUCACCAGUGAGACAAGCAGUCCAAAAUCCAUGUUCUUUAAAUCAACAAACUGCCAUUAGAGAUACAGCGGGCUUAUCAACCAAAGCAUAAGAUAAGACCACGGUCAGUUUCUGGAAAGUUGUGCAGCUUUAUUGCAGACAAUGAAUGGCCCAUAACCAGUUUGUUCUGUAUAAUCUCUGUGUCAUCAUUGCUAGUACUCUGUGGGAGAAAAAGAAAACAGUCUUCUCAAGAAUGUAAACCCACAUCUCAAUUAUAAAUAAUUCCAGCCUUUCUCAACAAACUAAUCCAAAUAAAACAAAUCUCAUACACACAAUUCUGGAAAUACUCAGAAUGUCUCCUUGAAAGAGACUUCAGUAAUUCUGAACAUUUGCAGCAUUUACCAUUCCGAAUAUACAUUCCUUGACUUCUUUGUUUGUUCAUUUCCCGGAUGUUUGGCAUUUGUUACACAUAAAUAACUACCCUUGAGUAGCUGCAGGUGAGCUGCUUUCUCGAACAUCUGCAGUCUGCAUGGUGCAGGUAGGACUGUUGUGAUGUUAGGUAGGGAGUCCCACCAUUUUGACCCAGUGACAGCAAAGGACUUACAAUAUGGUUCCAAAUUAGCAAUGUGUAUGGUUUGAAGGGAAAUUUGCAGUUAAUGGUAUUCCCAAGCAUCCACAGCCCUUCUCCUCCUGUGUAGUAGAGCUUGGGAAUUUAGAAGAUGCUGUUGACGUGUUCCUGAAUCUAUUUGCCAGCAGCUGAAAAUAGGAAAUUAUCAGGUCUCGUACCAAGUUCUCAUUGGAAAACUCAACCUGCUUUGAUAACAAAUAAUCAAACCACUGUCCUAGAAAGAACACAAAGUCAACAUCCACAAUUCUGGUCAAUCCUGCCUGAGCUGGUUCUUUAUCUGACAGUGAAUCACAAAUUAAGUUGCUUCAUGUGAAACAAAAGCAGCAUAUCUGCCACACCUACAUAUGUAUUCCUGUAUCUCUAGCCCUCCAUAUUCAGUUUUUACUUAUAUCUAUCUCUCCAUAACUAGUUCCUCAAUGUGUUAAACUUUCAUCUCUGCCAUUCAGUAGCUACACUUCCAUUGUCCAUAGCUUUUAUCCUUAUCUCCAAUCCCUCUGUUUAUCAUCCCAAAUGCAAUCUUCGUUCUUUGCCUUUUCUACUGCUGUGAUCCAUUGGAUUGUUCUUUGUGAUCCUCUUAAUCAACCACUGGAUUGUACUGAGAGUGGAUUCUGUUGCAAGUAGAUUAAUUCCCUUUGGUUCAUGUUUUCUUUUAUGAUCAGCAUAUUCUUUUGGGGAAGCUCGAAAGAAGCCCCACUAGGAUAAUCUGGUAAAUUUAGAACUGCUUUUCCUAUGCUGGACAGCAGUAAAACCCUUGAUGUAAGUUUAACUCUUGCUUGCCUUUCAUGUAAAUUGCAAUCUCAUUGCAUUUGGACGAAGAAUGAUCAACAGGUAAUUCAGCUAAUUACACUUGAUAUAUCCUCUAGGCAUCUUGAUGAUUUCAAUUAUGCAAAUUCUGACAUUGGCUUUUAGGACUUCCUGUGUGAUUUUUUUAGAGCUGAGGACAGAAAGUCAAUGCCAUGUGUGGAAGCAAUUAUAGGAUAUCAGGAAUUGUAAAGAAGGAGGUUUCAUAUUUUCUUGUGAUAUUGUGUAUUGAGCUGAACACUUAAGUCAACAGCAACUGCCGUUCUGAGAGUCUGCAAUUGCUCGUUACCGGAUUGGAGUUUGGGAAAUCUGUUUGGCGCUGUUAUGGCUUUCAGUUUCACUAUGUGUACUUCAGGAUUGGAAGCUGGCUGUAAGAUGAGAUAUGGAGUUGUAUUAGUUACUGAAGGACUUUAUACAGAUGACUGCUCCCUACUGCUAAACAAGCAUCACACUCAAACAUCUGGGUUCAGAGUAACAGAGACAAUGCUUUACUUGUUUUUGAUGUUAAAAUUUGUCAACCAGCGCACAUGUGGAACAAUAUAGGACAAAGGGAAAAUAUUCCAUUGUGUGUCAUAGACGACCCUUUGAAUAUUGAAGUAUACAGAUGCCUAGAUCCUUUUCUAUCAUGUUCAACUGUAUCAACUAAAGUAUGUUUUUAGUUUGAGGCUGAAUCUUUUAUUUAGAGCGCAGACACUCUAAAUAUUUCUUAAUUCACAUUAUUCUCAAUAAACUGAACAAUUAAAAAUAAUCAAGUUCUGUUAUUAUUUUGAUGCUGAAAUACUCCGAAAGAAAUUAAAAGGUAAACUGCCACUCUGAGGGGAAAACAGAACAAGAGAAAAGCUAAUCUAAAGGUACAAAGCUGUAGUAUCUAUAUAAUAGGAAGUAUAGAACGAUAUAUAAAUAUGAACUAUGAUUUAAACAUAUCAAAUAUGAAAUUCUUCAGAAAUAUCUUAUUCAUUCUAUUUGAGUUUGAAAUUAUAUUUUUAAAUGGUAUACUGAAGGCAAAAAUAAAGAGUUUUGGGAAUAUUGCCCACAGAAGUGUCCAUCCUAAAUGGUGAUAACUAGUUUUCAGAUGCUGGAAGCCUGUCAGCAGCUAUCAGCUGUCAGAGAUUAUGGGACACUUCAUAAUGUUGUCAUAGCACCUCAGUUAUCUGCAAUGUCAUGAAUGAGGAUUGUGUUUACGUAUUUCAGCUGUAAGGAUAUUACAUUGUCUAUGUAUCAAAAUUGUUAUCUGUGAUGCAACAGGGUCACAUCGGAAAGCAGAGUUGGACCCUAUAUAUCACUUAAUGAGGAUCAACUGGAUUUUUUUUGCACUUUGCAAGAUUUUCCUGGCCCUACUAAGUAUUCCAACUCAUUUUGAUCCCACUGUGUGUUCUACUUUUAACUAUCUUUUUCUGCAUCCUGACUUUUAAUCACAAUGUUUCUUUUAAACUCUGAUUGAUGGUGAAGCAUUUCUGCAUCAAAAUAAAAUGAUAACAAGAUGCUGGAGCUUUUGUUUAUUCUCUGCGUUGCUCCAUUUAUUUGUGGAAAAUAUUCACAGUUUUUUCAUAGGUUUAAUUUUGUCUUUCCAAUAAUUGGGAAAUUCAUAGAUUCAUAUUAUCAAGGCAACUGUGAUUACUUUAUCAAUGAGAGAAGCACACCAGUCUUCCAUGCAUGUUUUUCAAGUUUCUAAUUUCCUUACCUGAAGGUACCAUUGUUGCUGGGUUACAGAGCACAUGCUAUUACUAACAGGCAAAGAAAAAUAACCUUUCUUUAUUCUCUCUUUUUCCACUCCUGGUUUGACUGCAACAGGUUUCUCAGUUUUCAAAUAAAACAUUGUAUUGCCAAUUUAGUGUGGACAAUUUGUAAGAAUAAUGCCAAACAGAUACUAUCAAAGCCUAAGAGUUCAUUUUAUGACUAAAACUCACUGUUUGGUGAAACUUAUUUCAAAAUGUACUAAUACAUCCUGCUCCCUGCUCAUGUACACAAACAUAUAGUUCCUCAAGCAUUCAGAAAAAAACAAUUGCACAGGCAAUUUUUCUUUGGCUGAAGUAAUUGGUUUGAAGUUUUGACUGAAAUAUCCCUUUUCUUCGACAAAACGCAGGUGUAGAAAACCAAUAGUAUUCAGUAGAGGUUGUUUCUGCUAUAAAACUGCAGGAACAUCUUUUAUUCGCUCCACAAAAUACCACCUAAGCUCCUUGUUUUACUUACUGACUGAGUUAUGUCUUUAUGUAUUUUUUGUUCAAAACCAAGUUCAAACUUUCACAAAAACGCUUGCAUCAUAUGACCUCUCUCCAGGUUGGUAGUUGACCAUUGAUCAGAAUAUGUCUGGCCCAGCUUGCACUUGUCUAUUGUGAUAGCUGAGGUAAUAUUCUUUAAACAUUCCAGCUAUUAACCUUUGAAUGAUCAAUCCUCAACCAUGAUAAGAUUCAAAUCACACAACACCAGGUUAUAGUUCAACAGGUUUAAUUGGAAGCACUAGCUUUC